UUUCUUGCCGUUAUAUUCGAUUUCGUUUGAAUUAUUCUUGUGGAAACGGCUCUUACAUUACACAUUAUGAGUUAUAUCUUAAAAGCGAUGGAUAUUACACUUCUAAAUGGUGAAAAAAAUAUUAAUGUUAUUGCCAAAUGAAACAAAACGGAUCACAGAGAAAAUAACUAUAUAAAAUCAAACAAGUAUUAAAAGGGGAAUAACAAACCCAGGGAAGACCUCCACGUCAGAUGAUUAAAUCGACCAAUGGGAUUGGUUUUGUUUCCACGUCAGACUUGCUUUCAUUUCCGAUUGGGCUUUUGUGUUUUGUAGGUCUGUUUCGAAAUUUUUUAGGCCCAGUAAACCUAAUUAUCAAACAAUCGCCUCUUUCCUGUCACAACCGCGAUCUUCUCAUUUUCCCUUUGUGCAAUCCCUAAUCACCUGAAACCUUUGCUCUUCUUUUCUCUGUCGAUCAUCAAACCUUUCCUAUUCUUUCUUUCCGUUCCGUUUCGCGAUCUGAACGACGACCAUUCAAGACAGCCUUCACUUCUUUUCUCUCAUUAAUGGACUCUCUUAUGUUUUGUCCCUCUGUUUUUUCAUAUAAAACACAAAAUCAAGGUUUCAUUUCGAUCCAACUUCGUUCUAAAUUCUCUCUACCACACUGCAAUGAGUUCCAACGGAAAGUCCAUGGUAUCUGGUACCUCCAAGUCGGAGAAACCAAAGGGCGCUGCCGCUAACUCCUUUCCGGACACGACCAAGCCCAUCGCUGCAACCUCUUUCUCUUCAGACCUCUCCAUCGGCGCUCCCCUCUCGAAGAAAGACAAAGUCGAUUCGUCGGACUCCUCUUCCAGACUGACGAAAUCCAGCUCCAACACCGGUGUCUCGAUCGGCCAUCCUAAUCCGAAGACAUCUACUGGCAUGAGAGGCAAAGGCGCUGUCUCAUCUGUCAACAAAGGGAAAGCCAUCGUCACCGCCAACGGUGGAGAAGUGAUCACUUUCAGACAUGCGAAAUUCGGUCCGCAUGAACGCGAAGUGAGGUUCCGGUUGAUCCACUAUUGGGAAGCUCGAAAUAUCAAGACAAAGGUGCUGAUCGGUGUCGAAAUGCUGCUCAUUGAUGAAGAGGAAACUGUCAUCCAGGGCUUCAUCCCAGCUGGGAAGGUAGAUACUUAUCUGCCACACAUGAAGGCUGGUGGCCUUUACAGGCUCCACAACUUCUUCGGGUCCUACAACAAGGAACUCUAUCGAGUGGCCGAUCCAGACUUCACAAUCACCUUCACAACGACUUCUGUCCUCACUGACCUGGAUGACAGUUCGGUUUGUAUCCCUGAGGACCAUUUCCGAUUCCACGGAUAUGCAGAGUUCGAGGCUGCCUGCGACCUGAAAGGGGAUCUUUAUGAUUGUAUUGGGCAUAUCAAACUUGUGAAUGGCCAGGUUCUCGGCGACAGUCUCCUGAUAGAUGUCACCGAGAUAGCUUCUACCUGCCGAGUUCAGCUUCAUGUUCAAACACAUGAUGGUCCGGUGAUGAAGCUGUACCUGUGGGACGAGGCUGCCCUACGCUUUGGUGAGAAAUUUAAAGCAUCUGGAGGAGCUGCAAGAGUGGUUUUAGUGACCACUUUAAACCCGAAACGAUUUGGUUUUGGAGGUGGUGCCCUAGGUCUCUCUCCUAUGACGUCAUCCCGUGUAUUCCUUGACAACGAUAUUCAGGAAACCCGUGAUUAUCUCUCUUGGUUGAACUCAAACUUAGCUGUUGCUAACCGAGUAGAUGCAGCCGUUGUUACCAAGCCUGAGUCAGUGACCAUAGGCGAGCUAUUCUCUUAUAUGAAGCAUGCCGAUGCAAAGGUUGCUUGGUUUGAGUGCAUAGCAACCAUUGGUGAUAUUGUGCAUGGUUCAGCAUGGUAUUACAUAGGGUGUGGUGGAUGCCACACUAAGGCCAUCAAAGGUGCUACCACACUAAUGUGUAAAAAAUGUGGGAAAAGUGAUAUUGUUGGUGUUGCACAGUACCUAGCGAAGAUAUCUGUGUAUGACAAUGCCGACCAGGCUAUCUUUGUGCUCCUUGGCGCUGCUGGGCAAGAGUUGACUGGAAAGAAAGCUUCUGAGUUGGUUGAGAGUUAUUUCGAGGCCAAUGAGAAUGUAGGUUCUAAUGACUUGGUUCCGGUUCCUCAAGCUCUAAUUGGUACCAUAGGACAGUCUCGCAAGUUCAUUGUGAAGAUAUCAGAGCACAACUUGACUGGCAAGACACAAACCUUGACUGUGACAAAGGUGCUUCCUAUAGAAGAUCCAGAGGAUGAAAGUGAUUUAGCAGAAGCUGUGGCUCUACCAGAUGCCAAUGAAUUGUUGCAGAAGGGAGUUUCUGAGAGUGGUCCAUCCGCAGGGUAUGGAGAGCCUGGCGGUGAGGGGGUGAAAAGGUCUGGUGAUGAAGUUGAUGCGGAAGAGCACAAGAGGGCCAAAUGUGGCUAAGAUAUGUGGUUCUGUGGUUACCAAAACUCUAUGUUCUGUUUUUUUUUUUCAUUUUCAGACAUCAUCUUUGCAACAUUUAACUGCUUUCUUUUAAUCUCUGG